CGGGGCAGCAGCAGCAGCAGCGGGGCAGGAGACUGUAAUGUCACCCCGCACACAGCAGCGCACGGACCCGUCCGCCGGUCCGCUGUGUGUGCAGGGCUGACAAGUCUCCCGGGAGCAGCAGCCGCAACUUCGUGAGGGGAGCCGGGUCUAAGCUUUCGCUCCCCGGUCCCCGCUGACAGCCUGUGAAAGACACCUCCCCCCCGGACGGACACGCGCAUACAAAGCUCCUCAGCGGCAGGGGCCGCUGCAGGGAGCGGUUCUCGUCCGGGGUUCCGGAAUCUGGUCCGGUCCGGUUUUCAACGAAUCCCCACGGGACAGGCGACAACAGGCUCAGAAGCAGCUGUAGUAGUUACGUAGGCUUAUGAGUGUCACGUGACCUCUUGUUUACUCAGCUGAUAGGACGUCACCAAACUAUCCGGUUCACGGUGACCAUGAAAAAAAGAGGCAACCUACACAUGACACGUCAUCUGUCACAACUCUCCAAUCAAGAAGCGCUCAGCCUAGGAACUACAAUUCCCGGCAACCUCCACAUGGCUGACGUGAAACAGCCACUGACACGGAAGUGUAAAGGGAGAAGAAGACUCUGAAAAUGUUGAAAGCCGUCAUCUUAAUUGGGGGCCUCCAAAAAGGUACCAGAUUUCGCCCUUUAUCUUUUGAGGUUCCCAAGCCUCUUUUCCCGGUUGCUGGAGUUCCCAUGUUACAGCAUCACAUUGAAGCGUGCAGUAAGCUACCCAAUCUGAAGGAGAUCCUGGUGAUUGGCUUUUAUCAGCCUAACGAGGCUCUGAGCCGCUUUCUUCUCACUGCACAGCAGGAGUUUAAGGUGGCAAUCAGGUAUCUACAGGAGUAUUCAGCUCUGGGCACCGGAGGAGGCAUUUACCACUUCCGGGACCAGAUUCUCUCUGGGGGGCCACAGGCUUUCUUUGUGAUGAAUGCAGAUGUGUGUUGUGAGUUCCCCCUUCUCCAGAUGUUGGAUUUUCAGAAACAACAUGAAGAGACACACAGUUAUAUAAUGUUGGGGACCACGGCCAACAGGACCCAAUCUCUGAAUUACGGCUGUAUCGUGGCAAAUGCUGGGACUCAGGAGGUUUUGCAUUACGUGGAGAAGCCCAGUACAUUUGUCAGUGACAUCAUCAACUGCGGGAUCUACCUCUUCUCACCGUCAAUAUUCCAGCACAUCGCAGAUGUCUUCAAACGUAAUCAGCACGAUCUGCAACUUGAGGAGAACUCCAACUGGCAAAGGGCUGAGGUGAUUCGGCUUGAGCAGGAUGUAUUCACUGCCCUGGCUGGACAAGGCCAGCUGUACGUCUAUAAAAUGGAUGGGUUUUGGAGCCAGAUUAAGUCUGCAGGUUCAGCCAUAUAUGCCAGCCGUCUGUACCUGAACCAGUAUCGCACAACACACCCGGAGCGACUCACACUCAACAGGGAAGGUGGGCCGACUAUCUUGGGGAAUGUGUACAUUCAUCCAACAGCCAAAGUGGAUUCAUCUGCUGUGUUGGGCCCUAAUGUCUCUAUCGGAAUGGGAGUGACGAUUGGAGCUGGAGUACGUGUGCGAGAGUCCAUUAUUCUACAUGGUGCAGUGCUACAGGACCACAGCUGUGUUUUAAACACCAUUGUUGGCUGGGACAGCAGCAUUGGACGGUGGGCUCGAGUGGAAGGUACACCCAGCGACCCCAAUCCUAAUGACCCUUAUGCCAAGAUGGAUAGUGAAACCCUGUUCCGUGAAGGGAAACUUACUCCAUCUAUAACAAUUUUGGGAUGUAACGUCUCAAUCCCAGCAGAGGUUGUAAUACUAAACUCCAUCGUCCUCCCACACAAAGAGCUGAGUCGUAGCUUCAAAAAUCAGAUUAUUUUAUAGUUUGAGAAGAUUCAGUGUUGUGCUUGAGGCGGGAAAUCGGUCUGUGUUCCGGCCCUGAACAAACUGUCCCAGCAAUGUGACCUCUGAAGCAACUGUACUGAAAAUUGGGAUGUGUGCUGCAUGACAUGGAGUAAGUCAAGAGCUUGGAGAGGUUUUUCUGCUUCCAGACAGAGGGCCCUUGGAACUUGGCACAAUCAUGACUCCUGAAAGCGACUGCAGCCGAGACAUUACAGAACACUAGAAGCUAUUCACUGUAUAUGUUUUAACCCCAGGGUGUUACUUCAGUUGUAAUUAAAUCAUGUAUACAAAACUUUCUUAAAGCUGGGGGCCAGGUCAUCCAGUUUAUGUUGAAGAGUUUAUUAAAAAUUAUGUUUGGAGAA